AUAAAGAGUGACAGGUCAAAGCAUCACCCCCUUGAUUUCAAAGGACAGCCUCCCUCUGCUGCAAAGAAACUGAGCAGCUGUAACCUCUCAGAGAGAAGCUGUGAAGCUCUGUCCUCAGUUCUCAGCUCCCAGUCCUCUAGUCUGAGACACCUGGACCUGGAUAACAAUGAGCUGCAGGAUUCAGGAGUGAAGCUUCUGUCUGUUGGAUUGAAGAGUCCACACUGUACCCUGGAGACUCUCAGGCUGUCAGGAUGUCUGAUCACAGAGGAAGGCUGUGCUUCUCUGGCCUCAGCUCUGAGCUCCAACCCCUCCCAUCUGAGAGAGCUGGACCUGAGCUACAAUCAUCCAGGAGACUCAGGAGUGAAGCUGCUGUCUGCUGGACUGAAGGAUCCACACUGGAGA